AGCAGUUGGUUUUGAGUUUAUUCACGGGCAUGGCCAGAAGAAUGUAAAUUCGAAACAAUAUUUAAAUUUGAUUUAUUUUUAUUCUGAUUUUGUUUUUUAAACGCUGGUUCUAGAAUUCCAAUACAAUGAAAAACUGCGCAUUUAUUUCGCUUGUUUUGCUUUUGGCUUGGUCUGAUAUCGUCAACAGUCAAGAUUGCAAAGUCCCAGUUGUAUGUGAGAGUGAUGAUGGGAAAAUAAUUUCGGAGUUCCGUGAUCUGCCAACAACAAAAGAUAUAAAUGCGUGGAAAGCAGCAGGAAAACGAGCUGCCCGUAAAGGAUCUUCGGGUGGACGAGGAUCAUCGUCAGGGCAUUGCAGCGAACCUGGAUGGCUAACAGGCAGGGGCGGAUAUCAAUACAAAAUAUUCGGGGCAGCGGUGGACUUCAAUACUGCACGCAAAAUUUGCAUGGAAAAUGGGGCCGAUAUUCCUUACGCUGCCGUUCAAAAUGAAGAAAAUUUAAAGUAUUUAACUGCCAGACUACGAAAUAAUAACAUGAAAGGUUACUGGAUCGGAUUGACAGAUAUCAAGAGCGAGGGUAAUUGGCGUUGGUUGGACGGAAAACCGUUCGUGCACACAGGGAACUGGGGAUCUGGCCAACCUGACAAUUACGGAGGAAAUCAAAACUGCGGUUGGAUAUCCAGAGAUAUAAACUACCAGAUUGAUGACGGAGAAUGCUGCGCUCACUUUAAUGCUUUGUGCGAACGCAAGAUAUGAUAUGUGCAUUGCAUUGAUGUUAAAUGUAAAUAUUCAGUUAACAAUGAUAUAUUAUCCAUGAUCCAUUGACACACAAUAUAAAAAAAUCUUGAAAGUUA